AUGUCAUCGCCGGCCCCGACUCCACCUUCCAAGAAGCAGCGUACAUGGAAUGGUUGUAUUGGCUUCACCCAUCAGUCAGAAGACAAGGAGAAUUUUUUGAGUGUGGAUGAAGAAGGCAGGAUUUUGGAAUCUAUAAAGGCGAAUGCUGCAAUUGGCCUGGAAAGGGACAAAAAUCGCAGCGAGAUCACAAACCAACAUUUCCGUACACGCCGCGAGAGCAGUGCCGACAUGGGUGCACAAAUGGACGUGAUGGCCGAGAUCCGACGUCUUCAAAGGAACGACAAAGAAAGAGCUGAACAAGUUGCGGAUCUGCAGAAGCGAGAUAAGUUCAAGGAUGUUCAAAUCGCGGCUCUACAGGAAGAAGCGAAGAUCAAUGCUCCUGCGAAGGAUGCUGGUUUGGCCAUACGGACGCGCCAGUUGGAGAGGUGCAAACGUCUCCAGGCGGGCGAGGCGAAGACUCAACUUGAGCAUGACGGUAAUGCUGCUGCUCAUGGUGGGUACAUAGACGCCGACCAGUACCUCGUCAAGCGGGACCAGAAAAGCAUUCAUCCCCGCGGUUACGGCAGUGUGUAUUACCAUGGAGCAAUACUCGAGCGCACAGCAUAG